AUGGUGAUGAGUUUCAGAGUGUCGGAUCUUCAGAUGUUACUGGGGUAUGUCGGCAGGAGUAAAAGCGGACUUAAACACGAACUGGUCACCAGAGCAUUGCAGCUGGUCCAGUUUGACUGUAGCCCGGAAGUGUUCAAGAAGAUUAAAGAGCUCUAUGAGACUCGUUAUGCCAAGAAGAGCUCCGAGUCUGGGCAGCCGCAGCAGCAGCAGCCGCACCGACCUCCUGAAACGCUCUCCAUACAUUCUUCAUAUGACCGGGGGAGCACUGUUGCUAGGACUUCUAUCUCCACUACUAACAUUGACUAUCCUGCGAUCUAUGGAAAAUACCUUAAUGGACUGGGAAGGUUACCGCCCAAAGUUGUAAAGCCCGAAGUUCGGCUGGUGAAACUGCCCUUCUAUAACAUCUUGGAUGAACUGCUGAAGCCGACCGAGCUAGUCCCACAGAAUAAUGAGAAGCUCCAGGAAAGUCCAUGCAUUUUUGCACUGACAUCAAGACAAGUGGAUCUGAUCAGAAAUUCCAGCGAACAGGGAGAAUCCUGUUUGAUAGCAGCAAACAGGGAGAAGCAAACUGGACAGUUUGCAAGCAGUUCACUGGGAGCAAGAGGAGGAAGGGGAAGCGGAACCAAGCAUGAGGCAUCAGAUCCCGCCCCGGGAAGGGAGUUGCAACCCGGUGUGAAAUCGGUUCAGGUUGUGCUAAGAAUCUGCUACACAGACACUAGCUCCCCUCAGGAGGAUCAGUACCCUCCAAACAUCGCAGUGAAAGUGAAUCAUAGUUACUGCUCGGUGCCGGGCUAUUAUCCAUCAAACAAGCCAGGAGUGGAGCCAAAGAGGCCCUGUCGUCCCAUUAACCUCACACAUCUCCUGUACCUGUCUGGAGCAACCAAUCGUAUCACUGUCACCUGGGGGAAUUAUGGAAAGAGUUAUUCAGUGGGUCUGUACUUAGUGCGACAGUUGACUUCAGCAGAAUUGCUGCAAAAGUUGAAAACUAUUGGAGUCAAGCACCCAGAACUCUGCAAGACGCUCGUAAAAGAGAAAUUGCGCUUGGAUCCAGACAGUGAAAUUGCUACCACAGGUGUUCGAGUGUCACUCAUUUGUCCACUGGUGAAGAUGCGGCUUUCUGUCCCCUGUCGAGCCGAGACCUGUGCACAUCUGCAGUGCUUCGACGCAGUCUUUUACCUACAGAUGAAUGAGAAGAAGCCCACGUGGAUGUGCCCUGUGUGUGACAAGCCAGCACCCUAUGACCAGCUAAUAAUCGAUGGGCUCUUGUCAAAGAUACUGACAGAAUGUGAGGAUGCAGACGAAAUAGAAUACAUGGCGGAUGGUUCCUGGUGUCCAAUAAGAGCUGAGAAGGAGAGAAGCUGCAGCCCUCAGUGUCCAAUACUAGUACUAGGUUCUUCAGAUGUGAACGGGCUCUUGCCCACUCCCAAUAGUAAUGGUGAGAAUGGCAAGGUCACUGCUGAUGUGGUGGAUUUAACACUGGACAGCUCAUCAUCAGAAGAGGAGGAGGAAGAAGACGAGGAGGAGGACGACGACGAUGAUGGACCCCAACCGAAACGACGCUGCUCUUACGAGAAAGAUCUAGUUUCUGCCUGCUGACUGCGGAAGUAGCUCUGAAUCUCUGAAUGGAUAGACUUGAAUACUCUGGUGCUUACUAAACUGGAGGUGGGAGAGGACCUCUCACCUCAUCUCCCUUCCUCCCUGGUCUCCUUUUGACUUUCCUAUUCCGAGUUAACCAUUAAAAUGAAAAAUAAAACCAUUGAGCUGCUUCUUGGUUGAAAAACUGCCCCACUAAAAGCCUGACCUGAGCUCUGCCAGCUCAACCUGAACCAGAGUCUGAAGUAAGGAAAAGUGUCUUAAGCCAGGCAGUCAAGAUCCAGAGCUAACUCGAUCUCAACUGCCCUUCACCAGUACGGUUUGAAUCGGUGGAGUUCACCUGAAAACCAACAGGACGUCUAACUCCGGUGCAUCUCCAAAGCUGUGUGCAUUUUUAUUGUCUUGUUAAAUAACCAUUCCUGAUAAAGUUUUGCUGGACAUGUGAAUGGGUGGGUUGGGGUGGGGAAGAGAAGCGGGGGAGGUUGAUAGAACCCCAGCAAAGUUAGGUCUCCUUUCUUUCUUUUUUUUUUUUUUCUUUCUUUUUUUUUUUAAAUGGGUGGCAGAGGGGGAGGGAGAGGGCAGGGAGGGCCGGGACUGAAAGGGAAGAGACUUAAGAUUGGGAUCGCACUGUUCUAGUUAGGAGCUUCCGCAGCUCUGCACCUCAUGUAAAGAGAGACACAUUUUGAAUCCUUUUAACCUAAUCUGAAGGUAAUGUAGAAAUUGUGCGUAGUGAAGCAUUUUAGUUGAGCAGAAGCCAUGGGGAGGGCAGGGAGGGCUUGAACCACAAACCUGUUGUAUUUUUGAAGUGCAAUAACUUGGUGUUUUUGAAGACUUAAAAGGGCUGCACAUUCCCUUUUCUUUCUUUUCUUCUUUUUUUUUUUUUUUUUAAGAAGGCUUUGUUUCUGGAGUCGGUGCCAGCAGCCUGCAGGACAGCUGAAGCCCAUCAACUGGACAUGUGGCAUCGUGUAGGAGUGGGGCAGGGUGGAGGGGAGGGAUGGCCUUCAAGAAAAUGCCAGGUGGGAGAAUCUCAGUUUCUAGCCAACUACCUCGGUAACUCCAAUUCAGGUUUAUUUCAGACAUGAAACAGUGCAAAGCCCAUCACUGGUACUUCUGACGGCAUGAACGUCAUGAUGUUGGGGACAGAGCCAAGGGGCAACGAGUGGAGCACAGUGACCACGUAUUACGGCCUCUGGACUUUUCCACUUCUCUGUUCUGUUAAGACUUUGGUCCCAGACCCAAAGCUACUGCUAUGCUCUUGAUGGCAAAAUAUUGUUGCUUUUGAGUUUCCAAAUGGUAACCUUUUUGUCUUGUAGAGAUUUUGUAAUUAACUUUGCAUAAUUUGCUCUGCCUGUUCCUAGUUAAAAGCCUCUGAAGUCUGCAUUGCUUUGGACCUUGCUGACUUUCUCGUCUGUGGAUGGGAAUAAAUGUUGGAAGGAAGCUGGCAUGUUGACUUGGCCCCGUGAACGUGUACAAGGGAAGGGUGGAGAGCAACGUAAUGGCCUUUAGCAGUGCACUGUGCACCAGACCAGCUGAGUGGUAAUACUGCAGCCAAGGCCACGCAAGUAGUUUUCAGUCAUACUGUAUAUAGGCUUUCUAGCUACUGGAAAAAGGCAGUUGAUCACUGAACACUUCCAGCCCCUGCCAUGCCUCCAGCUCUUGCUGUUUGUUCCAGCUGCAGUGAAAUGACAGACGUCUGGGCAGCAUGAAUCUACGUCAUCCCUUAGAACCACCUCCUCCCCUAAAGCAUCAGUCUGGAGGAAAGGAGGCAGCUAUGUUCAAUCACAGAACCAAAGUGAUGGUGCUUUCAAAAGCACUUUUAAUGCAUUUAAGAAAAAGCAAUGCAUUUAAAAUACCACAUCGACUUAAAGCCAUCAAGUUCCACCUAGAACUAUUUUUCAAUACCUUUAAGGACCUAGCCUAACGCAUAUAGGAAGAGAACAGAAUAUUAUCCCAUAGAUGCUAUCGAGCCAGAAUGCUUUAGACCCUGGCAUUUGAAGUUCUCUUCAAAUUCUCCAUAGAGUCUCGUUGCAUGAUGUAUGAGUAGAGUUUUCUCCGGUGCGGCACGCUGUACCUUGGAUUAAUCUGCUUCAAGAAAUCCCAUGCCCUAUGGUGGCUGGUUAUUGGGCUCUGCAUCCCACCGCCUGAGGGUGGAGGGCAAAGACCUGAUGACCUUGAGCCACGUGGGCUUGUUCUGAAGGGAGGAGCCUUUUCUGCCAAUCUGUAUUUCUCCCAGCAAAUGAAACAGGAGGCAUCUUGCCUUCUCUAUCAGAUUCUCUUCCCUACCCCACCCCCGUUACACCCCUCCGGGACCUUCUGCAAAUGACUCGCAGGGGCCCAUCAGGCAGAGGGAGAAAUAAUAAAGAAGCCUCUUCAAGUUUCCUCUCGAGCACCAGCAUGCGAAAGCACUGCCUCCUCCAUGGAGGGGUGAGGGGCUGCGGAAAGGGAGUGAGACGGGGGCAUGUGGGGGAGGGAGACAACCCAAAACCUUGUUUGCUCUUCCGCCAUUUCAGUUCCACCACAGAAUGACCUUUGUUUGUACGAAAAUUUCCGUUUAAUUUUUUUCUUUUUUUUUUCUUUUCUUUGCGCAAGUAAGCAAUAUGUUUUCAGGUUUAAACUGGGUUGGGGGGUGGGGGGGACUGGGUAGAGCUCAGACAUUAAGUUUUACUGUAUAAAGUUGCGCGGCUUGCAUCCCCGGCCGCAAGGUAGCUUUAGAGUCCAGUUUUUCUAAUAUUUGUAUUCUAAUUUAAUUGUUUUUAAAUUUUCCAGGCCAAGCCACUGUUGGGAAACAUCAUGCUUCUGUUACUGCUUUCUGUUUGAGUUGGCCAGCUCUUCCUGUACAUAUGUUUUUUCUUAUAUCCUGUUUUUUUCUUUUUGUAAAGAGAAGAGAAAAAGCAAAAGAAAAUUAUUUUUCUUUCCCUCAGUACACAUUCUUCAAAGUUCAGAAUUAUAGUGUUUCUUAAAUAAAAAGAAAG